AUGGUUAAACAAAAAGAAAUCAGAUUGGAUCAACCAAUAGAUCAUAAUGCUCCUCCAACUAUCUAUGGAACAAAAUUGACACCUUCUUUAUCAAAUGCUGCAUUAAAUUUAACUAUAGAUUUCAUUAGACAAAAACAAUCACAAGCUAAUACAAAGAUAAUGACACAUCCUUAUUCUGCUUUAAUAAUAGUGACUGUUGCCUCGUUAUUUGGUUAUUGGAAAGUUGGUUGGAUCUAUGAAGCUGGUGGUUGGGAUUUAGUUAAACAAAGUAGAGAUGAAAUUUUCAGUAUUGUUGUUUUCGUUACAAUGUUUUCAUCUAUCUUAUUUACCGUUUUAACAAGAACCACUGAUUUCAUCAAGACAACUUCUGAAGAUUUAGUUAAUGAUAAUGAAGGUAUCUUUGGUGUUGAAUUGAAAACUUUUGCAAGUUUAAAUGAAAAUUCAAAUGAUAAAAAAACCAAAAAUUUAUUACCAAAAGGUGAUAAUACUCAAAUUAUAAUCUAUAGAGAUACUCCAAUUGCUGUUCUUUCAUUAAUACCAAAACCUGAAUUAUCAAACGAGGAAAAAUUUGUCACUAAAAUCACUGGUUGUGGUGUUCGUAAAGUUUAUUAUAAAUCUGGAAUUAUUGAAGAUUUAAUUGAUUGGGCAAUUUAUAGAUCUAAUUCAUUGAAUGUUGGAAAAGCUGAAAAAAUCAUUGUUUUAAUUGAUGUCAUGUCAACAGAUUUAGAUUUAAAGAAAAAGUUGGCUUUGAAAAAUUUUAAAUUUGUUGAGAAAUCUUAUUAUAAUAAUUCAAAUGUCUUGAAGCUAUUUGGUAUUUAUAAUGAAGUUUGGGGAUUGAAUUUGAAUGUUACAAGUUUAGAUGAUUCUAAAGUUGAACAAAUUAAAACAAAACCAGGUGCAACUGGUGUUGAUAAAUGA